AUGGGUGACAAUACUGAGCCAACGGUCAACCAAACUGCUACAGCUGUAGUGUCCAUCAUCGAUUCCAAUCAUGACUAUUUUCUUCAUUCCUCUGAUGCUCCAGGGAUAUCUCUUGUCAACACUGUCUUUGAUGGCAGAGGAUUUCAAGGUUCCAAGGAUUUCCAGCAAUGGAACAGGUGUAACGAUAUGGUUACAUCCUGGUUACUCAAUUCACUAUCCAAGGAUAUAGGGGAUAGUGUCAUUUACUCAAAGUUUGCCAAAGAUCUGUGGACCAGCUUGGAGCACAAAUUUGUACAGUCAAAUGGAGCCAAGCUCUAUCACCUGAGGAAAGAGUUAUCAGGGUUAGCACAAGGGACAAGUGACAUUGCAAGCUAUUUCACAAAGCUCAAACGACUUUGGGAUGAGCUGGAUUCAUUAAAUUGUGAUGUCAAGUGCAACUGUUUAUGUGUGUGUGAAGGAAGGCAGAAACUAGAGAAAUUACUAGAAGAUGAGAGACUUAUUCAAUUCCUUAUGGGUUUGAAUGAUAGCUAUGGACAAGCAAGAGGAAACAUCCUAAUGAUGAAUCCUUUACCAAACAUCAAUCAUGCUUACUCUCUAGAAUUGCAAGAUGAAAGUCAAAAAGAAAUCUAUGUUAAUCCACUUAUCCCUCCUGAUUCUUCAGUUUUCAUGAUAAAAACCCAAGGAAACUUUGCUCAAAAAGGAGAAAAGCAGAACCAAAAGGGAAAUACAAGUUAUCCAAGGUUUGGAAAUAACAUGCAUAAAGGAACCAAUAACUUCAACCAGAGAAAUCCAACCUUCAAAGGAAAGAAAAGCAAGUUCAAUCCUAAUGUUUCUUGCAGUCAUUGCAAGAAAGUUGGACAUACUGUGAAUGAUUGCUACAGAAUAAUAGGAUUCCCAGAAGAUUUUGAGUUCACAAAGGGAAAUCAAAUGCAAGUGAGAGGAAAUGGAGCUUUUCAAAUGGGACAAGCAGGCAACAACAAUACUGGUCAGGAUGAGAUGAUCAGCCAACACCUCUCACAAGAUCAAUUCUCUCAGCUGGUGCAACUAAUCAAGCAAGUUAAGGUUGGAGAUUCGGCAAAUUCAGGAGCAGAAAUAAAUGUAAAUGCAGUAGCUGGUACAAUUGCAAGAUAUUCUGGAACUUGUUUCUCAGCCCCUUUAGUGAAGAGGGCACAAGUUUUUGGUGAAGCUAGGGAAGGACUUUACCUUUUGAAACCAAGUCAAGACAAGAAUAGAACAGAAGUAGAGUCAAGUCUUUGUUUAGAUCAAAAUAUUUCUAGUCAAUUAUCAGUUUCAGUUCCUUUUUCAGCAAAUGCAAUUUCAGAUGUAAACCUUUGGCAUGUUAGACUAGGGCAUUUGCCCUUCUCAUCAAUGAAACAUCUUAGCUUUAUCUCUUUACCUUCUAACUCUAAUUGUUUCUGUGACAUCUGCCCUAAAGCUAGGCAAACCAGAACUUCUUUCCCUCUAAGUCAAAUCAAAACAAAAAAGCCAUUUGAGUUAAUUCAUGUUGAUGUUUGGGGUCUAUAUAAAGUGGCCACUUAUAAUGGUUUCAAAUAUUUCUUGACUAUUGUAGAUGAUUACAGUAGGGGUGCUUGGACUUUUCUUAUGAGUACUAAGUGUAAUGCAUUUGGUCUUCUUAAGAAUUUUUUCACAAUGGUGGAGAGACAAUUUGGUUUAAAGGUGCAGAAACUUAGGACUGAUAAUGCAUUUAAGCUUGGAAAGGGAUCACUAGAGGCAUCAUUCCUCAGUUCACAGGGAAUAAUGCAUCAAACAUCAUGUGUGGCAACACCACAACAAAAUGGUGUGGUUGAGAGGAAGCAUAGACACCAUUUGGAGAUAGCAAGGGCUUUAUUAUUUCAAUCUAAGAAUCCUUCCUAUGACUCAUUAAAAUGUUUUGGUUGUCUUUGCUAUGUGUCUACCUUGUCUGCUGGAAGAGGGAAACUUGAUCCAAGGGCUAAGCCAUGUGUGUUCAUGGGAUAUCCUUUGGGGCAGAAAGGAUAUAAAGUCCUAGACUUGGAGACCAAGAGAAUGACAGUGUCUAGAGAUGUCCAAUUCUAUGAAAAUCAAUAUCCCUUUGCAUACAUCAAGCUAAUUCCAAAUUCCAUUUUUCUUAUUCCUCCUACCUCAAAUUAUGAGCCUCCAUCAGACCAUGUCCAACCUGAUUUUGUCACAUCAGUGGAGAAUUCUCAAUCACUAACUCAGUCCAGUAACCAUAACAUUCCUCACACACCUCAGUCUUCUUCCACUCCUUUUUCACCCUCAUCUCCUCAUUCCCCUUUACCUAUAACAUUCCCAGAAAUCAGGAAAUCCACCAAAACUCACAACAACCUGCAUACCUACAAGAUUAUAUUUUCAACUCAGUUUUUCUUACUGAUUUGA